GUCAGCGAUAACAAAGCGGUCAAACAUUGAUGUCAGUAGAUCCUAUUUUUAACUUAAUUCUAUCUGCUAAAAUGGGACAUGUCGCAGUAUUUAUUUUAUUUGUAACUGUCACCACAGUGACGUCACAAACAUCACCGCAGUGUGACGACAUUGACACGUCCGCAUGCAAACUAUUGCAGGCUCAAAGACCGAACCUAUGUUCUGACCAAACUUUGGCAAAAACUACAUGCCCCAGGUUCUGUAAAUUAUGUCCGGUCGAAUGCUACCAUUGUAAUGCUACAGUACUGGACUAUCAUCUCUGUAAUACUACAAAGCUCUGUGGAAAAAACGAGGUGUGUAUGAGAAAAGAACUAAAGUCAUUUGUUGAUGGACAUCAUGAAUAUGAAAUGACGUGUGCAGGAAGAGAGAUGUGUGACGGUGGCAACGACUUAGUAAUUCCAUUUGGUAAACGUGCCGUUGAAUCGCGUGAUAUAUCUGUAACAUGUUGUGCGGAUGAUCUUUGUAACUAUCCGGGAGGCACCCAAACUACGUCACAUGGUUGUGCUAAAGACAUCGUAUUUCUUGUCGAUGAAACGUCCAAUGUGGCAAGAACCCAACAAGCUGCAGUGAUUAAAACCAUCAUGGAUGUCGUCAAAAGAUUGAACAUCGGCGAGACUGACAACUUGGUUGCCCUCUACGGUUACGCUGAUGAUCUUGAAGAAAAGUUCAGUCUUCAUCAGAACACUGACCAAACAAGUCUUCUGGCGGCGCUUCAGUCGCACAAUCUUAACACACAUGACCGCCACUCCGAUCCUCAUGAUGCCAUUAAAGCUCUCACUCGCCAUGUACUGCAACCAGGAGCCGGCGACCGCACUACCUAUCCUGACGCCGUUGUUCUUAUCUCGGACUCCUUCCUCGCCCAUAAUGUUCAGCUUGGACUCCAUGAUAGCGCAGAUCUGCAGAGAGCCAGCCAGGAUGUGAUUCUGGUUAGUGUUGGCACCCAGCUUAAUUUUCUUGGUCUCAACAACCUUGACGGACUUGCGACAGAUAAAAACCACAUUUUGCACGUUAGCGAUAUGUACACUCCGACAGAUCUCGUGGAUUCAAUUGUUGCCUUAUUGCAAAAAUGUUAAAGCUGAUAAAAAACUAAAUAAAGCAGCAUAAAAUAUGUUUUACCUUGA